AUGGCUCAAUAUCAAUUUUCUUUCGUCAGAGACAUACAAGGUUCUAGAUGCGCGAUGAUGUACAUGAUGUCCAUUGCUGGGAGUUGUACGGAAAUUCUGUACGGAAAUUCCGUACGCGACGGAAUGACCGCUGACAGUCCCAGUCUGAAGGAUUCGCACUUGUCCAGGGUCUCUGGAGUCUCACUGUCUCUCCCGCAGCCGACACCACACUCAGACCAUAAGCCCGGAAAUGCCAAGUCACUGGCCCUGGCACUUGCUGCUAGCGCAUGUAUCGCCUGGAUUUGGGUCAAGGAGGCGCUGGAGUACUGGACCUGGUCGAGGUACCUCAGCAGUUCCGGUACCUCCUGGAGCUUCGAGGCUUUCGAGGAUGAGGGAAGGGUGCCCGGCGCAUGCCAGGCACAGCGCCGGGUCUUACAAGCAGGGUCUGCUGCAGGCCCUGUUUUUUCUUCUUCUGGGGAUUCCGGCCUCAUUGGUCUAUCAGUCAGAAUUGACAUAACAGAGGUCCGAACUGGAUAUUGCGCCGACGAGACGGCAUUCAUCAGGGGUUCAUCACCCCCGGGCCGGCAUUGCUAA